GCUGGAGCAGACUUAGCCGGUUCAGGCAUCGUGGGAGGAAAUAGCAGAGUACCAGUAAUGAGAAAAAGUGCCAGCAGGAAAAGAUGUAGCCUCUUUUAUAGGAGCCUCUUAUGCAGAUAAGAUGAUGAGUUAAAACCCUGUGUCUGAUUGGUAGUUAUUCAACGUGACAACAGAAGUUAAUUUUGCCCAAUCAGAAAACGCUAAGUUCAAUAUCGCAUUUCCAUUGGUUAAAAUGAAAGCGGCACUUUUAACCAAUGAUACAACUUCUUUUUCGCGCCUAACAGUGGUUAUAAAAAGCGCUGCCCCUGCCUUUCCUUUAGCAGCGAGUAGUGAUUCUGUCGGGAGUGAAAUGUCUGGACGCGGAAAACAGGGUGGUAAGGCCCGCGCCAAAGCUAAGACGCGGUCUUCCAGAGCUGGUCUCCAGUUCCCAGUGGGCCGUGUGCAUCGUCUGCUCCGUAAGGGAAACUAUGCAGAGCGGGUCGGGGCUGGCGCGCCGGUGUACCUGGCGGCGGUGCUGGAGUACCUGACGGCCGAGAUCCUGGAGCUGGCAGGGAACGCGGCCCGCGACAACAAGAAGACCCGCAUCAUCCCGCGCCACCUGCAGCUGGCCAUCCGCAACGACGAGGAGCUCAACAAGCUGCUGGGCAAAGUCACUAUCGCGCAGGGUGGCGUCCUGCCCAACAUCCAGGCCGUGCUGCUGCCCAAGAAGACUGAGAGCCACCACAAGGCCAAGUGAAGCAAGGUUGGAAAUACUGGAAAACAAAGGCUCUUUUCAGAGCCACUCACACUAUCAAAGAAAAAGCUAGUACACAAUCUCUACUGCACUUUUAGAAACACCUUACUGUAUUUUAGGUAAAAGUUUUACACAGUAGGUUAGAUUCCCAUUUAGCGAUUUUUGAGUAGACUCGAUGGCAACAGAUUAACAUUCUUAAUACAAAUUGUUCUGUGACAUUUGUUACAAUUUUUUCUCACUGUGUUAGCAUUCAGGUUGAUUUCAUUCUUUUUUGUUCUGUUUCCAUUGAUUUAGCUUCCCUUCCUUGCCUUAUCUUUGCUUUUGAGUAAAUGUUGACGGUUUGGUCUCAUAGCUGAUGUUUGGUUUUGUUCUUUGACGAAGAUUAUAUAAGGUGCUCCUUUCCCCUCAGGAUUGAGUAGAGUAACUCACUUCCUGUAAUCUGAUCUACUGGAAGAACAAGUACUAGUAUGCCCGGCAGAGUACCAGAUGAAGCCAGGCCAAUCUCUGAACCCGCCUUGUAAUUCUAGCCUGAUAAAAUCAAUUUGCAAUGUUCUCAAGCAGCCAGAGUAAGAGCCAAAGAAUUUGGAAGAUAAAAUUGCUGAUGUAAAUUGAUACAGCUUUACUGAUCAAAAAUUAGUCAUAAUCGCAGACCCACCAUUUGAAGUCAAUGCCCUCCAUACUUUAGAUAUUUGAAAACAAAUCGACACUGUUGCCAGACUAGAAUUAAAGGGGUUCAGGGAUUCCCGCUUGAUUUGAUGUGGUACUUAAGCUACAUAAAUUAUGACUCUGGAAUGUACUAGGCCCUGGCAGUCUCAAUUGUCAGGAGAUCAGAUUGCAUAAACAGAUAAUAUUAAAGGUGUUCCACCCCUUCCCCAGGGGGAAGGAGCACUGUGUUUUGUGAUUGCUUCCUACCGCUUCCUCACCCCCCAAAUAAUCCAUGGACUCACCACCAUUAUUGCUAGAUCCAGAAGCAAAUAGAUCCUCCUUUCCUCUUGACCUCUACUCUGUCCUCUGGCUGGAAAUUAUCAGAACCUAGCUGGCAAGAAAAAAAAACAAAAAAUCAAGGAAAUGUCAUUUGUAGUCUUCUAGCUUUGGGAUACACAGGAAAGUAUAGAAGCAUGAAGUUGGGAUAGAGAGACAACAAACACAAAAAAGCAAAGAGUUCACCAUGUUCUUUCUUGAUCAUCUCUACCUUUCCAGCUUUUCUGCUUUGCUACCUCUUUGAUUGCUAUCCUGUAAUCACAAGGGUUAUUUCUAGAAUAUGUUGAAUUUCUUCCUAUUCCAGAGGCUUCGUGUUUGCUACUUCCUAGGCCCAGAGUACUUUCUGGUCAGUCAUUUUUCAGUUUUCACAAUGUCUUAGUCAUCUAGUGCUGCCAUAACAGAAAUAUCACAAGUAGUUGCCUUUAACAAAAAUAAAUUUAUUUUCUCACAGUCUAGUAUGUGGGUGGGUAGUAGGCUAGAAUUUUAAAUUCAGGGAGCCAGCUUCAGGGGAGGGCUUUCUCCUCUUUGUUAACUCUGGAGGAAAGUCCUUGUCAUCAAUCUUCCCAUGGUCUAGGAGCUUCUCUGCCCAAGAACCUCCAGUCCAAAGGACACACUCUGUUUACGGUGUUGCUUUCUUGGUGGUAUGAGGCCCCCAUGUCUGUCUGCUUGCUCCUCUUUUUCAUAUCUCCAAAAGAGAUUGGCUUAAAACGCUAUUUGAUCUUGUAGCUCUCAUCAAUAUAACUGCUGGUCAUCCAUCAUAGCGAUAGGAUUUACAACACAUAGGGAAAUCACAUCAGGUAACAAAAUGGUAGACAAUACUAGGAAUCAUGACCUAGCCAAGUUGACAGGCAAUUCAAUCCCGACACAUAAUAAUACACCUUCUCUGUGAGAUGUUCCUGAUUCCUAAUUUACGUUAUGCCUGCUGACAUCAUUCUCUUUAGACCAGGGCCUUAAACUACGUGUCAGUUAUCACAUUUUGGAAACAAGUAUCUUAUUUGUACUUCCAUUUAAUGCCUGUAAACUCCAGUAGUAUGUAAAUUAGAAGAGUCAGUUUGUUAUCCAGGGUCCCAUCAGGAAAGGAGUGACUCUCAAGUUGUGUACUUUGAAAGUUGUUUAUUAGAGAAUCUAUCUGUAAAGGGAUGAACAAGGUAUUUAGAAAGCCAAAAGGGAUAUUGUGGUAACCUGGAGCUAGUAUCAUCCAAAACCAACAGAGUAGAACUGCCCCACAGGGUUUCCAGGGCUGUAAUCUUUACAGGAGCCAACUGUCACAUCUUUCUCCCACAGAGCAACUGGUGGGUUUGAAACGCCAACCUUUAGGUUUAGCAGUCUAUCGCUUUAACCACUGCACCAGCAGGGCUCCUCAAAACCAAGUUGUUUCUGCCCAACCUUUCUCAUGUUCAGCAAACUUACUAAGCGCUGUGCUAAUGAGGGGACUCAAGGGCAAUGGGGGGGGAGGGAAAUUUGGAGACCAGAGAGUUCCUUCCUCUUCUGAUCUGCAUUGACUUCCCACUGGCCAAAUUCAACCAGAAACCAGAGGGUAAGGAAGUGCAUUCAUAUAUGGGCCAGUCUCUUGGGGAUACAGGAUGGAGGAGAGGGAGAGUGAAUCUCAACUCGUGAAAGGAACUGUCUGGCACAGUCUACUCCUUUUGUCCUUUGGCAUUUACUCUUAUCCUUUUCCUAAGUGAAAAGUUUUUAUCUUCAAGUUGUAAAGCAUGAAAUCACACCAGCUCAUGGAGUGUUAUCAAUUUGUUCAGAAUCCCACCUGAAACCUAAAAUUUUAUUCAUCACUUUCCUAGAAGGUACUGAGGUAAAAAGUAGGAAAUAAUUUAUUAACAUAAUAACAAAGCUGCUAUGGACUUAGCUUCUAUAGCUGACCACAAGUUUGAAGUUAAUAAUCAUGUUGUGUGCUCUCAAGUUGAUUCUGACUCACGGUGAUCCUGUAGGACAGGGUAGAACAGUCCCAGAGGGUUUCCUAGGCUAUAAUUUUUAUUGGAGGAGAUCACCAGGUCUUUUUUUCCACAGAACUACUGGUGGGUUCAAACCAUCAACCAUUCAGUUAGCUGCCAGGUGCUUGAUCAUUUUGUCACCAGUCCUCUUUAAAUUAAUCCUAGAUUCCUUCUGAAGCUAAUUCCUUUUUACCUCUACCUCUGUCCACACUUUAGCUGGACACUUUACAUGGGGACAUGGUGUAAUUUAUGCCUUAGUUCCUGUGAUAUCUGCAUACUUGGUGGUCUUUUCUUUACAGCUUUGCCACAAUUUUUUACAGACCAGGACUUGUGGGCAAAUAAAUGCUUGAGAGAUUGCCCUGGGUUCUGGCAGUAUCCUCUUCACCUCCACUGGACAGUAGAAACUCUACUGUUGUUGUUAGUUGCCUUUGAGUAAGCUCCAAUGCCUAGUAGUAUCAGUAACUGAAAAAGUAAGUAGGAGCAAGAGCAUAUUCAUUUCCAAUGAAAGAAAGAAAACAUCUUUGAAUGUUGAUAGGAAAGAUCUACAGAGAUAAAAUUGCUUUUUUUGUAAUAUAAAAGAAAGAGGGAAGAAUUACUGGAACUAUGCUUUUGAUUAGAAGAGAGAAUUUUUAACUUAUUUCUCAUGGAAAAUUUAGGGAAGUCACAAGUAGAAAGUGCAUGCCAUUGGUAAAUGUGGAACUGGUAAAAGUUGUACUAUGCCAAUCUGUCUCUUAUCCUACUCAGAACUGCUGUAGUGAAGGCGUCAUUCACAGAAAGGCCUUCAAAAAUAAAAAGUGCAAGCAAAGAGGCCAUUUUCUAGUCCUGUGCCACACCAAGAAUACAGAAUUUGCUUUUCUCUCCUUAUAGAGAGGCACAUAAAAAUGAAACCAAAGGCCAAAACAUCCCAAGAGAAAAUAGUGAAAAGCACUUCUGUCUGGAGCUGCUUUCUAAAUAGGGUGAAACAGAGUCCCUGAGGGAAGCAGAGACAGAAGUUCAAUUCAAAUAGACCUGAGACAGAAAGUUAGCCUGCAUUCCCCUGCUUAUAGGCCACAUUCCCUUUCCUUAAACUUGACUAAGCUCAUGUCCUUGAGACUGAGAAAGUCUCCAGGUGUCUUCCCUGCUCAAAAUACAAAUAUU